GCAAUGCAAAAUAAAACCACAUUGACUGAGUUCAUCCUGCUGGGUCUAACAGAUGUCCCUGAACUCCAGAUGGUGGUUUUCACCUUUCUGUUCCUUGCCUAUUUGCUCAGCAUGAUGGGAAAUCUGACGAUCCUCAUCCUCACCUUGCUGGACUCCCACCUUCAGACCCCCAUGUAUUUCUUUCUCCAGAACUUCUCCUUCUUAGAAAUUUCCUUCACAAACAUCUUCAUUCCUAGGGUCCUGAUCAGCAUCACAACAGGAAACAAGAGCAUCAGCUUUGCUGGCUGUUUCACUCAGUAUUUCUUUGCCAUAUUCCUUGGGUCAACAGAGUUUUACCUUCUGGCCGCCAUGUCCUAUGACCGCUAUGUGGCCGUCUGCAAGCCCCUGCACUACACGACCACCAUGAGCAGCAGAGCCUGCACCCAGCUGGUUCUCUGCUCCUGGCUGGCUGGGUUAAUGGUUAUUAUACCACCAAUCACUCUGAUGAGUCAGCAGGACUUCUGUGCCUCCAACAGGCUGAAUCACUAUUUCUGUGACUAUGAGCCCCUUCGGGAACUCUCCUGUUCAGACACAAGCCUCAUAGAGAAGGUUGUCUUCCUUGUGGCCUCAGUGACCCUGGUGGUCACUCUGGUGCUAGUGAUUCUCUCCUACACGUUCAUCAUCAGGACUGUUCUGAAGCUCCCCUCUGGCCAGCAAAGGACAAAGGCCUUUUCCACUUGUUCUUCCCACCUGAUUGUCGUCUCUCUCUCUUAUGGAAGCUGCUUCUUCAUUUACAUUAAGCCCACAGCAAAAGAAGCGGAUUCAUUCAACAAGGGAGCCGCUCUACUCAUUACUUCAGCUGCACCUUUGUUGAACCCCUUCAUUUACACCCUAAGGAACCAACAGGUAAAACAAGCCUUCAAGGAUACAGUCAAGAAGCUUAUGAAACUUUAAAGAAUUUCAGAAUUAAAACCUUAACGGGUGAAUCCUUACU